CCCACGAAGAAGAGAACGCGGAAGAACGACACAAGCCGGACACGAUGGCCGUGAAUGAAGGCUCCUUCUGCGCUGUUUUUGACGCUAAACGCACCAAGUAUCUGUUUUCCACCCGCAGGAGCGAGGGGACUUUCACCGUGAGCCUGACAGACGCAGAAUCUGUGUGGAGGUCGGAGCUCUCGGAGGACGCGCUGACUCAGCAGAGACGGAGGCUGGCCUUCAAAUCUGCUGAAGAUUACAUCCUGAAGUUCAGGGCUUCCUGCCGGAGUGGCGACGUGACCGCCGUGGUGCACGGCGCCACUGCAGAUAUACAUGUGGGAGCCGACUCACGGGAGCCAGCUUUGACCCUCCCCAGGAUGGAAGGCCCCCAGGCCACGGAGGAACUGCGGGAGCUGCUCUUCUCCAUGGCGGACAGGCUGGCACAGCAAGGUGAAAGUCCUCAGGUCAGUCCAAUGAAAGCUCACCACAGGUGGUCAUCAGAGCUGGAGGCCAGGCUGCAGCAGCAGAAUGCCUCUUCAUCAGUGACGAUGAAGAGGAGACUUCCCGGAGCUUCACUCAUCAACCCAGGAACGAAAAAGAAGCUGCAGGCGACUGGCGUGGCUUUUGACGACGCAUCUGAAGACUGAUCCCCCUCAUCACCCCCCCCCCCCCCCCCCCCCCACC